UAGCUAGCUGGCUGCUUAUAAUGGAAGCUUUGGGCAACAGGGUUAAGUAGCUGGCUAGCUGUUUAUGUUCAUGAACUGAAGUUCAAUUUCAAUAGGCGAACAACAAGUGGCAUCCUAGCUAAUACUUACUCACAAGGAUUGCUAAGAAUAAUGAAAAUGACUGCAGUUUCUACUGGUCAUUGUUUUCAGGCUGGUUGUAUUGGUGCUAGCUAGGUACCAAGCUAAAGCUAGCUACCCAAGAAGUUGCGGUCGAACAAAUGAAGCUUCAUUACCAACGCGGUGUUGUAAACACAUAGUUCGUGGCCAGUGUUUGCUUGUUUGCCUACUUUUUGUACAGCUUUGACAGUGCUACUGUAUCUUUUUUGACAAGCAAAGACCCAAACGGCCUUCCAUAAACGCCGUUCCAUAGAAAUCCUGGUUGAGAAUGAAACGACUGAACAAGGAAACAGCACAGCAAGCCAACUCAGAUUAAGUCUGAGGCCGGUAACAUCAACAGUGAGGGCAAACCCAGCCUGCCUCUCUCCUUCCACACUGAGUCCAAUCCUACAGUCACUGGGUCCUGAUUGUGACAGUGGAGCCCAGUUUGCACUGCAGGAUCCAGAGAUGGCAUCAGUGAAGCUGGAAGACUGCAGUCAAACACUGGAGCUGAAUGUCAACAUUAAAGAUGAAGAAGAGGAGGAGAAGAUUGGGACAUCUGUUUCUUAUGGAGACCAUGUUGAUACAUUAUCUACAUCCAGAGAGCAACAGCAGGAAGAUCACAGAGCUAAGAGGUCUCACCACUGCCCACAUUGUGAGGAGAUUUUCCCAUUUCUAUCAAAGCUAAAAAUACACCUACAAAUACACACAGGAGAGAAGCCUUAUUCCUGCACUGACUGUGGGACGCGCUUCACAACAUCAAGGGCUCUGACAGUUCAUCAGAGAGUGCACACUGGAGAGAAGCCUUACUCCUGCUCUGACUGUGGGAAGAGUUUCUCAGGAUUGGGUCACUUAAAAAGACACCAACGUAUACACACAGGGGAGAGAAGCCUUACUCCUGCUCUGACUGUGGGAAGAGUUUCUCUCAACAAGAGCAGCUUAAACUCGCACAAACAUAUACACACAGGAGAGAAGCCUUACUACUGCUCUGACUGUGGAAAAUGCUUCACAGCAUCAUUUGAGUUAAAAGUUCAUCAGAGAACACACGGCAGGCAUGCCGGUGUCUGUGUCAUGCAGCUAUCAACGUGGGAGUGGCACAGCGGGAUGUGUAGAAAAAUGUGGUUCCGGCUGAAGCUGCUUGUGUGA